AUGUUGUCCGAAUCCAAACCGAAGAGGGCCUCGUUUUCGAUUGAGUUCCUGGCCAGAAGCAGUCAUGAUGAGGAGAAAGAGGAGGUGAAAGUUCAACAAUUCGUGUCCCCAAAGAUUGUUUCAGAUGUUGUUUUUCAGCCUAUAAAGAGAUCGGACUUGAUUGGUUCACCUUUUUUAACUCCAGAGAGGUUUACAAAUACAAAAACUGUGUCGCCACAUACCAUGGGAAACGGUUAUCCUCUAAAGUUGCCUCUGAUCUCGCCAACAAAUUCAUCUGUAAAGAGGAAGCGGGAGGAUUCGUGCGACUCCGGGGUAGAGAGUCCCUCCCCAGAUCGAUUUCGUCACAUCAGCGAGGCUAGCAACUCAUCCAGCAACUGUUCCUAUAUUUCAGAUCUCGAUGAUAGUGACGAUCUGCACAAAAGGAAGAAAGCCCGCACAGCAUUUUCUACAGAACAGAUUAACGACCUUGAAAAGAGAUACCAGUUUCAGAAAUACCUACCCGCCAACGAGCGCCAAGCCUUAGCAGAGAAACUAGGCCUCUCAGAUCAGCAGGUCAAGACUUGGUUCCAGAACAGACGUAUGAAGGAAAAGAGACAGAAGAGGGACGACGAACACGCACGGACAUUCAGCUUGCCAACAGGUGGCGUGGAUGUCUCCCAACUGACCGCUCUUGGCCUGCCCUGCCCGCCACCAUACAACAUGAGUGCCACAAACUUCGCACAACUUCCUGGAUUCACACAUCAUUCCCCUCAGUAUCCUAUGACGUCAUCUCCGGGACAUUUUCCAGCAGUGCUUCCUCACCACGCGUCAUUUCCUGUCAGCCCUGCCUACUUACAGAGACAGUCGUAUCCACAUCCGGUCCCGUACAUGAGCCUCUCGCCAAAUCUUCCAUCACCAAAACUAGGACAGAUCCCACGAGGGCAGGAGAAGAGUGGUGUUUGAACAUUUAAUUUAUUUAUUUCUGAACAUUACUUGUGUGUGAUAUUUGCUAAUUUCUGAACUCUGUUGAGAGAACUUAUGUGUGAUAUUUGCUAAUCACAAGCGUGUUUUAUGUGCCAAAUGUGA